AUGUCAUAGGGUCUUCUAGCCAAACCUCAGAUGAGGGGCCUUCUGGGCAAGAGGUUGCGAAUCCACAUCUUUGGUGCCUUCGCCUUUUCAUUGAGCGUUGAUGCCCUGUACAAGUAUGGUGUGGCUGAGCCAAGGAAGAAGGGGUAUGCCAACUACUAUAAGAACUAUGAUGUAGUGAAGGAGUUUGAAGCCACGAGGGAGGCUGGAGUGUUUCAGGGUGCGAGACCAAAGGGAGAAUGAGACCCCCUUUCAGGAAGAUUCUGAAUUCCCCCAUCUGUGCGCAAUGCUGGACAUACCUGAUGUGUACCUCAAUAUCCAGGGCAGGUGAACACCACUGGACGUAUUUCUACUGUUCUGUAAAUGUGUUAAAUAAAACAUUGAAAACCUGAAAA